AGUUUACGCGUAACAAUAAAUCCCUCUCAAGCAAAACACGAAUACUAUACUCCAACUAUACCAAACGCUCAAUAUUCGUCACUAUAAAUACCCAUCUCCCUCAAAUUACUUCUCAUUAUACCCAAUAAGCUCUCUUCCUCUCAUACAAAUAUACAAUGGCGCUCUCCAAGCUUGUAAUGGCUUCCCUGCUGCUCUCCCUCUUUGUCCUUCAGCUCGCCCAAGCUGAUUACUCCCCGCAACCAAUCGAUUGUGGGAGUGCUUGCAAAGCUAGGUGCCAGCUAUCCAGUAGACCAAACUUAUGCCACAGGGCUUGUGGGACAUGUUGCCGGCGAUGCAGCUGCGUUCCUCCGGGAACCGCCGGCAACUACGACAAGUGCCAGUGCUAUGCCACCUUGACCACCCACGGCGGCCGCCGCAAAUGCCCAUAAUGAUAAAGUUUGCUUCAGUCACGUGACUUUCACGAGUCAAAACGGAACUAGUUUGAACGUACGAGGAUGAUGAUGAAUAUUUGUUCUCCAUUUGGUAAAUAAUAAAACGGAUGUGGUCAAAGCAAUAAAAGGAGCUUGCCCCUUGUAGUGGUUGCUGUUUGCUGGUGUAUGUCUACGUCAGCAAAGGUUUUAUUUUUUUUUCUUCCUUUUUUUUGUGUGUGUGGAAAUAUAUGUCACUGUGUCAUGUUACAUGGAUGCUGAGGGAUUAAUGAUGAUAUAUAUCAUGUUUACUACACUUGUUCUUAGCCAAAAAGUUUAGAAAGGUUAUGUUUAGCUCUAUUUCAACAAUUGAAAGAACUCGUGAUUUUACGUUAA